CCAAGGUGACCUAUUCACUUGGACAAAUAAACGUAUGGGGCCUUCCUGUAUUCGGGAACGGCUGGACAGAGCAUUGUGCUCCCCUUAGUGGAUUGAACGAUUUCCUGAUACCCUUGUUAAACAUUUUACGGAUCAGGGAUCGGAUCACCGUGCUUUGCUCCUAGCGGAUAAACCUUACAUAAGAAUAGUCGUCCCCUGUUCAGAUUUGAUGCCCGUUGGGCUGAUAAUCCAGAGGUUAAAGCGAUGGUGACUUAUGUCUGGAGUGAAUCAUUCCACGGUACCCCCCAUGUACCAAUUAUGGGAACGGUUAAAGAAACUUCGACAUCUUUUAUAUGAUUGGAGUAGGGCGGGGACGACGAAUUCCCUGCGGAACAUUCGAACCCUCCAAGCUGAAAUUGAGCGGAUAAAAACCAUUCAUCUGAUUAACUGGGAUAAAGUUCGUACCCUUGAGACUGAGCUUAGUAGGCAAUGGGAGGCGGAUAAAUAAUACUGUGGCAGCCUAACAGGUGCCGAACAUGACUUCAAGGGUGGAGGCACUCCUAAUUAACAGAUCGGUGAGUCCGGAGAUGAAUGCUAGCCUAACAGCUCCUGUUUCUCCGGAUGAAGUUCGUCGCACGGUAUUCGCAAUGGGGUCCAAACAGGCACCUGGGUCUGACGGAUUCACUAGAAAGUUCUUUAAGUCAUUCUGGGAUGUUGUUGGUGGCUUGGUGAUUGACGCGACUGUUUCUUUCUUUGCGACAAGUAAGAUGCUUCGCAGCUUUAAUCAUAUGUGGUUGACCUUGAUCCCUAAAGUGGAGAAUGUGGAAACAAUGAAGCAAUUGCGGCCCAUCAGCCUUUGCCAGUUUGUGUACAAAAUUAUUUCAAAGAUCAUGGCUGCUCGGAUUGCUCUCAUUUUACCGGUCAUUAUCUCGGAUUGUCAAAAUGCCUUUAUUCGUGAGAGGCAGAUUGUGGAAAAUAUCCUCAUGGGGCAUGAAUUGAUGCAUUACUUGAAAAUCAAAAAUCGUGGUAAGAAAGGGUUUAUAGAUCUGAAGGUUGACAUGGAAAAGGCCUAUGACAGAGUUGAAUGGCCGUUUCUGCUAGCGGUUUUGGAAAAGAUGGGGUUUAAUUCUACCUGGCGAGGAUGGAUUCAGGGGUGUGUUCGAUCUGCCUCGUUCUCAGUCCUUAUGAAUGGCAUCCCAGCAGGGUUCUUUGCCCCUUCUAGGGGACUUAGGCAGGGUGAUCCGCUCUCCCCGCUAAUGUUUUUCAUUUGCACAAGGGGUUUGUAGCGCUCCUUCGAAAGGAAAUUUGGGAGAAAAGAUUAGAAGGUGUGAAAGUCGCUCCUCGUGCCCCCCGGAUUUCGCAUCUGCCAAUGACUCGUAUUUGUUCCUGCGAGGUUCCCUCCAAGAAUGUGAAAAUCUGAUUGAGGUCUUGAAUGAGUACGAGGAGUGGGCAAAAACUGAAUCUGGCUAAGUCAGCGGUAUGCUUUGGCAAAAAUAUUGUGAUACCAGACCAGGAAUUCUUGGCCCAGGUUUUAGGUGUAGGGGCGGUGGGGUGCAUGAUAAGUAUCUGGGGUUGCCAACGCUAAUUGCUGGAUCCAAGAUGGCAACGUUCCGGUACUUGGAGGACAAAUUGUUGGAGAGAUUGCAGGGGUGGAAGCAGCGAACGCUAUCCUGGGCGGCUAAGGAAACAUUGAUCAAGGCAGUUGCAAUGGCGCUGCCGUUACAUGUGUUGUCCUGUUUUAAGCUUCCCCUAUCCCUUUGUAGGAUUCUAGAUAAACAUGUGGUCCGAUUUUGGUGGGGGAUGUCUGAGGGGCAGCCUAAGAUCCAUUGGAUGUGUUGGAGGAAUCUCUGUCGCAGCAAGCAUGAGGGUGGAAUGGGGUUUCAACGUUUUGAGCAGUUUAAUCAGGCUCUCCUUGCAAAAAUUGGAUGGCGUAUUCUGAUGGAACCCCAGUCCCUCUUAGCGCAGGUGUAUAAAGGGAAAUACUUUCUGCGAGGGACGUUCCUUGAGGCAAAGGCGCGCUCUAGGCCCUCGUGGGGAUGGACGAGUAUCCUCUAUGGGCGUCAGCUUCUUGUAGCUGGUUUGCCGUUAUUGAUGACCAGUUAGUUGCUGAGGGUUUGGCGCUUCGGGAGGCUGUGAAGUGGUGUCUAGCUCAAGGGUUUAAUGUAGUUUGCUUUGAGGGGGAUGCAAAGGUGAUUAUCGAUAAAAUUCGGCGAAUGGAGGCAGAGGAUAGUAGGAUGGGGGCUGUUCUUAUUGAGGUGGUGCAAUUAUUUGCCCUUCAUCCUGGUUUGAGUAUUCGAUUUGUAGGUCGGUGUAGUAAUAGGGUAGCCCAUGUGGUGGUUAAAAAGGCUCUUUCGUUGUACCCGGCUGCGUAUCGUGUUUUUGAUUUUCAGGCCUGGCUGCAUUCCAGGAUGUAACUAUCUUCUCUUUUUUGAUCAAUAUAUAUCUUUUGUUAAAAAAAAAAAGUGAACUAAACAAAAAUGAAACUAAACAUUCCGGGCGGUCAAGGAUCAACGGACCGGCGAGUAGUUAUAUCUUUAAAAGAACAAACUACAAGUUUACUGUUUGGUAGAGUCACUUCCUAAUUACUGUUUGGCAGGCUUUUACUGGGUUCCAUUUCUAAUUAUUGCCCCUUCUUUCUCUGUUCUCUUAGUAGAGACGUAGAGUCACUUCAUUGGUACACUCUCCCAUAUCUUUGGCAGGCUUUAAUCACUUCUCAUUGCCUCUCUUCCCUCUGACAACAAAGACUUUCCUUCUUCACCUCUCUCUUUGUUGCUUUUCUGUACCACCUUCCCUUACACUCUGUUUUUUUAGGGUUGAAAGUGGGAGGAAAGGAAAAGUGUAAGGGAAAGCACAGAAACCUAUAUGUUUUCCCUAGUUUUUUAAGGUUUACAACAGUAGCAAAGGAAAGGAAAGCUAUAGAAAGUGCACUGUGGAAGGCCAUCCUCCAUUUUGGAGAGAAAGUUGGGUGGAGAGGCGGAGAUUAUUUUUUGCGGGCUCUUUUUUGUUUCUUUCCCAUAUUUUCCUUUUGUUUGGGGUAAACUGAAGUUCCAUGUGAUCAUUAGUUAGUUAAUGAUGGGUUUUCAAAUUAAAAAUAUGGUUGUAAAAAAUAUUAAUAAUUUGGAUAUAUUAAUUAGUGAGAUAAUUAGUUAGUUAAUGAGUUUAAAUAUUAUAAACGUGUUAAUAUGUUUUUGAGAAGCGGUCUUAAUGAAAAAAGGAAACUAAUAAAUUAAUACUUUUUGG